AUGAACAGCAAAGGAAAGCCAACAAGUGUUAGCAAUGGAGAAAAAGAAGAACGGAUAUCACCCUUUGAUGAACAAUCCGGUAAAGAUAUAUCAAAAGGAAUACUAGCGCAACGUGCCCGACGAGAACGAGAACGUUCGUACCUCAGCACUUGCAAGAAAAGCAAAUUAUACGUUAACCACUCAAUUCGUACAGACGGGAUUCCUGAAUGGUUUGCAAAAGAUGAAAAUGCACAAAAGUCGGUAACAUGGAACCGCACACAUGGAUUUUCGCUCCCACAGGCAUUAAUAAUUUCAAAUGCCAGGAGAAUUCGAAUAAACCAAUUUGCGUUUCGGACCAAUGUAAACUAUUAUCGCGUUAUUGGCCGCAUUGAAAAAAUAUAUGGUGAACAUCUAUGGAUUGAUUUAUGCAAUACAUGCUAUAACCAAGUUGACAAUCAGUAUGGCUGGUCUAUGUGUAAACAUUGUGGCAGAGAAGAUGUGCAGACUGUAAUCAGGUAUAAUGCAAAGAUGGUUGUGAAAGACUCCACUGGCUCAAUGGAACUCUUGGUAAAGGACACGAAGGCAGAAUUCAUCUUACAAUGUAUCCCUUCAUAUCUGAAGAAAUUAAUGUUAAAGGAUAAUGGGGUGCAAAUGCUCAAAGACUACAUUUCUCAAUUUAAUGAAUGUCCAUACGUGUUUAUUAUUCCUGCUCCAAAGUUUGGAUCCGUUGACCAUUGUGCUCCCAUGGUGACUUUUGUAUUAAAAGUUUGA